UUACACACCUAACUGGAAUCUGACUGUGCCAAAUUCAAAGCAUUAAAUAAAAUGGCUAUGCUUUCACUGUUUCCAUUGUUAUUUGGUAUUUUAUUUUUCAAGCAUGUCUCUUUCGAAUUCUUUUUCUUCCAUUCUUCUGUGGAUUGCAGAAUCAGCUCGUCACCAAAGAAACAGAGGCCCCAGAAGCGGAGAAGAUGGAUAUGUACAUUCGUGUUAAGCGCAGCAAGUCAACAUACUUUAUCCGGUGCAAGCCAUCUGAUAAGAUAAUUGACCUAAAGCAGAAGUUGCAGGAGAUCAUUGAUCAACCUGUCAAUGAUCAGCGAUUUGUUCUACCAGGUACAGGGGAAAUAUUAGAGCACACAAAGACACUUGCAGAUCAGAAGGUCGAUAGUGAUGCUGUGGUGGCGCUGACACUUAGAAAAGAUGUUAAUGAGUUUGAGGAGGUCAACAUUGUUAGGCCAAACGAUUUCUACCAGUCCCGGGAUGCAGAUGAUGCCAAUUGGUGAAAACUGAAAAGCCAUAUUGCAACUAAGGCCUGCUCAUGCCAGUUGGUAUCAUUGGGUUCAUUUUCUGCUGUGCAAAGCAGUGGACCAAGUUUAGAAAAGUUUAAAGUUUUGUAUGAGUGUUUGUAAAAGGCUGACAAUUAUUAUCUGAGUAAAGACUCUGGACUCGGGGCCUUGAUUAUAUCAGGGAUUGUCCUUUUGCCAAAUCUCAGUCCAAAGAAUUUAUAAUGCUUGCUCA